UUUCUAGUAUCCGUGCUGGUAACCCGGAAGUUGUCGCGACCUGCUUUUUUUGUUGACAAUCCAAAGCAUUGAAGAGGUUUGAUGAAACAUGAGGUUAGGAGCGAGGGUGGCAGGUAAGGAGCGAGGGAAACAGAGAGGUGCUGAAUUCACCCACGGCGGGGUCGGGAGAUAAUACCCAGACAGCGGCUGUGGACACAACAAGUAUCGGCGGAGAAUUGCAAGGGAAGCAGACAGAGGGCACACGGCUCCAAAGCGAAGGACAGCUUGUUGAAGCGGGCUGCUCCAUCGAGGUGACGGUAAUUCAUUUAUAAAUCGCAUUUCCUUACUCGGUGCUGAGCUUCAACCCAAAGGAUUCGGGACCCCUGGCCGCAGACCCUACGGAGCAGGGAAGCUAGCGAGGCAGUUGUCGACUCUUGGCAGCAGCAGCACCAUGCCUGUGAACCUGAAGUUCCUGUCUCUGGGAGUCCUGGUCUUCCAGACCACCAGCCUGGUCCUGACCAUGCGCUUCUCUCGCACGCUGAAGGAAGAUGGGCCCCGGUACCUGGCUUCAUCCGCCGUCGUCGCUGCGGAGCUCCUGAAGAUUGGGGCCUGUGUUCUGCUGGUCUUCAAGGACACUGGCUGCAGUUUGAUGGCGCUCAACAGAGUUUUACAUGACGAGAUUGUAAACAAGCCAAUGGAAAGCCUGAAGCUGGCUGUCCCAGCAGGGAUUUACACUCUACAGAACAAUCUGCUUUAUGUUGCCCUUUCCAAUCUGGAUGCAGCUACUUAUCAGGUUACAUACCAGCUGAAGAUUCUCACCACAGCUUUAUUCUCUGUGUCAAUGCUUGGAAAAAGGUUAAACAUUUAUCAGUGGCUCUCCCUGUUGAUAUUAAUGACCGGAGUAGCGUUUGUUCAGUGGCCCUCAGACUCUCUGGACUCUGCUCAGAAGGACCUGUCAGCAGGCUCGCAGUUUGUAGGACUCACGGCCGUGCUGACAGCCUGCUUCUCUAGUGGAUUUGCUGGGGUUUACUUUGAAAAAAUCUUGAAGGAAACAAAGCAGUCUGUGUGGAUUAGAAACAUUCAGCUUGGUUUGUUUGGUGCUGUGUUUGGACUGAUGGGCGUCUAUGUGUAUGAUGGGGAGCGAGUGCAAGAACACGGCAUGUUCCAGGGAUACAGCUCUCUCACCUGGGCUGUUGUGUCUCUUCAGGCUUUGGGAGGGUUAGUUAUAGCAGCUGUCAUUAAAUAUGCUGACAAUAUUUUGAAAGGGUUUGCAACCUCCCUAUCCAUCAUCCUUUCUACACUGAUUUCAUAUUUCUGGUUACAGGAUUUUGUGCCAACAAGUGUCUUUUUCCUUGGAGCAGUUCUGGUAAUAGCAGCUACAUUUUUAUAUGGGUAUGAAGCCAAAGCUUCAGCUAAUCCAAGCAAAGCAUGAAGAACAGUGCGAGGGGCUGCAGGAGAGCAUGAAGAACAGUGCGAGGGGCUACAGGAGAGCAUGAAGAACAGUAUGAGGGGCUACAGGAGAGCAGCAGCAUGGAAUGUGGAAGCUACAACAUGUACAGCAGGACUCCGUAACAGAACCCUGUGGCGUCGUGUGUUGAGCACUUCAGAACAGCCCUGCUGUGUGAAGAACAAGCACGGGAUUGCACAAGGCUAGAUAAAGAGGAACGCAGAGUCUUCAACACCCACAAGAUUUACUGUAUAUCAGGACCAACAGCAAAGAGAGGAAAGUAUUUUAUAAACGCUCCUGGAAGCAUACAAUAACAAACCUCCAUUUUAAUCUUUUGAUUUUAAAAUGAUUCUAUUAAAGUGAAAAUGGUAUGCUGGAAAAAAAUAGGUGUUUACUAAAAUAGUGCUAUUAUAUAAUGUGCUCACAUCACUGGCAAUGUGCUGCUAUUAUAUAAUGUAUGAAUAGCUUCUAUAUCCUGUUUAACACAGUUAAUAAUGUGUUGCAAUGAUACAUUACUGAACAGCUUCACCUAUUUAACACAGCUAAUGCUGUGUUGCAGUCCAUGCUGCAUGAGAAACACAGCCAAUAUAAAUAACAAAUAGCAAGUCCCCUUUUCAUCUGUGUGAGUUAACAGAACUUGGCACCCGAUACCUGGUGCUAAAGAUAAACUAAAAUCAAAUAAAUUGGCUCCAAUUCCCUUGACUGUG